CCCUCUUCCCGGCCUGCCCCGCGCGGCACCAUGGAGGCGGCGGCUGUGCUGCGCGUCCAGAGGAAGCGCGGCGGUCCCGAGCCGGCCGGGGCGCUGCUGCUCGCCUGCAAGCGGCCCCGCACCGAGCCCGGCGGGGCCCCAGAGGUGGAGAAGAGCCUCUUCAAGCUGGUGGCCACCGUCUCCUCUAAGAACGAGCCGGUUCAGAAGUAUGUUCAAGAAGUUAUCACUCGAGACAGAGCAGUGCAAAGUCUGCGGCCCUCCUUAGGAAGCACUCAGCGGAUCGUUCAGGAGCUCCGUUCUUCCAAGGAAGCGAAGAGGAAGGAAAAUCGUUACCGUGUAAUAGCCAGCCAUCGACCCAAUGCUAGCGGAGCCAAUGCACCUGCCGCAGAUGGUAAGGCGUCGACUGACGGUGACAGAUCAGACUCUGAAGCAACAGAAGAUGCUUCGCAAAAGGAAACGAGUGCUGUUGAUGAGAGUUCAGACUGUGGUGGGAAAUUCCAGCUGUUUGAUAUUGUACAAGAAGACGAGGUGAUAGAAGACCCCAGUGCAACUGCAGCAAACCCACAGCAGAAAAGUGGUGAUCCAGAUGUGAUUCUUUGCAAUGCAGUAGAGAUGAUCCGUGAGCGUUUAACUGUUUCUGAAGAUGAUAAAAAAGUGGAACACCGUGAGAAAGAAGAUGAGUACGUUUAUGACAUCUACUGCAUGGAAACAUCAGUUCCUGUCUGGAUCCAUAAUAUCCUCUCUGUACAGCCUUAUAAAGAAGAAUAUGAACUGGUAGAUGAUGAUCAUGUUCCAGGGGAAAUAUAUGAAGACGAAGAUGAUGAAAACGAUGAAAAUAACUGGCGUAAUGAUUAUCCUGAUGAAGAUGAAUUCUUAGCAGAGGAAGAUGAUGAUGGAGAAAAAGAGUCUGAAGACAGCUCCAGUGAUGAGGACCAAUGUUACAGACGAAGAACAUGGAGCAAAUACCGUCAGGAAGUCCUACAGGAAUUUGGAUACGAUGAGAUCCAGGAUGUGGAUUCUGACUAAUUGCAUUUCAUCUUCCAAAAAAAGGCUCAGAACUGUUACAGUAGGACUGAAAAUCCAGACAGUUGCUGAUGGCUAUUCAUAAACAUUUUGAAGGGAAAAAAAAACACCUGGGAAAGCGCUUUCUGCUAGAAGUUGUGCUCAUUGGGACAGUAGGAAACCAGUCUUUACGUAGAUGAGCUAAAUUUUUGUGUGGGUGGCUUUAAGGUAACAUCUUGAAACAACUGCUGACUGGCAUGGUUCACCCUGAUGCUUGCUGUCUAGGUAUGACUAUUAGAUUCUAAAAGCUUUUUUUUUUAACUAUCUGAGCUGUCACCAAUGUUCAGUCAACGUCAGCUGGUAGAUAUUAAAUAAGUGGGUAUAAAUAUGGACAUUUGAUAAUACAAACUUUCUUUCCAAGCAGAAGAUACUACAUGAUUUAAAAUAGAUUGUUCCACCAAUGCUGCGAUGCUUGGGUUGUGACAGGAAGGAAGCCUUCCUGUCAUGACUAAUCAUGAGGAUAUGAACAGAUCUGCCAUGAGGGCACGUAGGGGUGCCAGAAAAGGCACUCUCUCCUAGUGCUUUCUACUGUACUUGUUCCUACAUUUCAAGUAACCUUAUUUACUUGAGCAUGCAAAAUGCCUUUGACUGUCCAUUUUAUUGCUGGAUCUCUCAAAAAAAUUCCAGUAACCAGAGUAGAAAAAUAUAUGUGCAUUUGGAUUGUAAAAUAAAGAAUCUUUGACUAAGUUUUCUUCACGCAUUUAAAGAUCAGGGAAGUUGGUUCAGCUGAAGCAAUAUUAGCAUUGGAACGGGUUGAUCUUUCUUUAACUUUGCACAGGUCUUAUUUUCUGUAAGCUGUUUUUUGACUCCUUAUACUGACCGAUGUUGUAAUGUUGCCUAGCAGAAUCAACACCUCUCAAGCUUUUGGUUUUUACCUUUGUCAGAGAAACAGACUGCAGAUUUUUUUUAGUCUGGAUAGCUGAAUUUUUAUGUUGACUUCUUAGCAUACCUGCUCCUGCUCUGUAAUAAAUCUGAGACUAUUUCUUACCUUAAGCAUACAUCUACUUAAAUUAGAUGAUUGACAAAACCUCUAUCUUACUCCAUUAUCUUUGCUUCUAGCAAGAAGUUAUAGGAAUUGUGUUUGCCCUUUUUUUCAGCAUUACAUUGUCUUAGUGCCUUUGGAGAGGGAAAGCCUCCCACCAUCCCUUCUUUGGAGACAAGUAAAUUGUCUGGCUUCUGAAUUUUAAUACACAGAACAAGCGAAAGCUAAGCCACAGCAACUACCAAAGCCUACCAAAACUGUACUGAGUGCCAUGUUCUGUUGUGUAACAAUUAUUGAAAAUGCAGGUAUUGUCAUUCCUUGUUGAUGUGUGAAGAAUUAAAGCCUGCAAGAGUUCUUACUAUCUUACACUGCUUCCAGGCGUAGUUAAACUUCCUUCAAGUCCAGAAGAAAGCGGGGAACUGAAUGCUAGUCUCUUUUUGUCUGGUUUAAGUCACUGGAAAGGUACAGCUUGUUUCCUUUGUUAGAUACUUUGCUUUUGCUAUACUGCAGAUGUCAGCUGAUAACCUGGUACCAUCACCUUUGUAAUUUUACAUGCAGAGUGUAUAAAAAUGUAACUUGUCCAUCUGGCUGAUCUUUAAAUAUUUGAGGACUCUUACACUACUGAAUCUCUCCUCCAGUAUUGUGAGUCACUUCUGCAAGAAGGAUCCCCCAGACCUGACAGUUACCCAUUGAGGCACUGAAACUAUUUCAGCACCCUCCUACUUAAGUCUGUAAUAAAUGGCUAAUAGCAUGUUGGAUUAACAUCAGUCAUGAGCUGUAGGUUGCAGCAGGAACUUUAAGGUCAAUUAAUUCUGGAUGGUGAUUUCAAGGUAAUGGAGGCAAGUGUUUUUUUUUUUCUUGUCAGGAAGAAAUGACUAUUAACCUAUGCCCCAACCCUAGCCUGUUAAAGCUAUGCUGCCCCCUGGACAGAUGUCUCAACUUAGUUACUGUGAAUUAACUCUAAUUAUAUGCAAGGCUAAGAAGCUGCAGUAGAAUAGCUGAAUGCUAAUAUUAAAUAGCAAGAAGUCCUUACAUGUUUAUGUUCCAACUGUGCACAAAUCCUCAGCUCACAUUUAACAAUUAAAUUCCAACACUGCUUCAUGA